AUGGGCUUCGUCUCCGGUUUUACUGGCGGCGUCACGCUCACUCUAUCCGUCGCCUAUCUCUCCGCUCUUGCCCACCAGCGCAACCGCGAGCGUCAAGGACAGCUUCUCCGCGCCCAGGCCCUCGAGCUGCAGAGCAUCAUCGAUCCGAUCCCGCUGCCGCUCCCCCCGACUCGGUCCGAGGUAGCGGCCGAGCAGCGCGCCGCCAAGGUCGAGAUCCUCAAGGACAAGUGGAACGACGAGAUCGGCCGCGCCGUUCGCUGGGUGCAGACCACCGACUGGGACGAGGUGCGCCACGGCGCCACAUCGCAGGCCGGGGCACUCUGGGCCCGCGUGACCGGCCAGACCCCCGAGCAGUCGGUCGACGCGGCAAAGAGCGCCGCCGAGGAUAAGGCGCGGUCGAUUGAGCAGUCGGCGCGCGGCGGCUUCCAAAAGGCAAAGGCCGAGGCCCGCAGCGUCGAGGAGGCCGCGCAGAACAAGGCCCUCGAGGCCCGCCUUCAGGCCAAGAAGACGGCCAAGGAGGCCGCUAGCAACAUUGCUGAGACCGCCAAGGAGGGGGCCCAGGAGGCGGGUGGUGUUUUGUCGUCGCUGCUGGGACGCGGUACAGAAAAGGCGGCCGAGCUGGCCGGCAAGGCCAAGGAGGCUGUGGGUCUGGCGAGCGGCGCCGUGGCCGACAUUGACGGCGUGACGCUGACCACAGGCGCAAGUGCUGUCGAAAAGGCCCUGCAUCAGCGAUUCCAGAAGACGGCGAUAAAGGACACGAGAACAGUGGCCGAGGUGCUGCAGGAGAGAUAUACCCCGGUUGACAGACGUGACAACACGAACCUGCGGGGACUGUAA